AAGGUUCAAAUAUAAAAAGAGUAAAGCCAAAUAAAAGGAAUAUCAAAUAGAGGUUGAAUUUAUUGAAAUAACAGGACUAUAAAGAUUAGUUUUGAGCUGCUUCUUGAAAAUAUCAACGGAGGUUGUUUUCCUCAUAUGUGGUGGGAGUAACAAAAGCUGCUUCGCUUACUUUCUGCAGUUAAUAUGAGGAACAUUUAAAAACGGACGCAAACACUUUUAAAAUUCUCCAAUGGACAAUCUGAAAGAUUGAUCGUUUUGAACGAGUACGAGAAUAUUUCAAUCCGUCCUCAACGGUGCAGUGACGCAGCAGAUGAACCGUUUUCUUUCCCUUUCCCUUCGUAAACCGAUAAAGAGCGAACAACAGUAAUCCCCCCAUGAAAACACAAAAACGCGUCUUCGAAAGAAAGGAAACGCUCUUAUCCUCUGAAAACAGAUUGCGACUUCUGAAAUUCAGCUCAGAGUCAAAGAUGUCUCCUUGUUCUCUCACCCGGGUCAAAGAGGAGGCGAUUUCAUCCCCGUGCGUCCCUUUGGUUUUUCAGCAGGAUUACGCAGAAGACGUGGACGGAGGAGACACGGGCCAAGAGAGAACAAUUGGACUUUGGCCGUGGAUUUUCACGGAUUUCCCAGGGAAUAAUUCAUGGAUCUUGCUGGGGAAAAACACAGACCUGUUUAGAGGACUGAAGUCUACGAGUGUGUGAGAUGUGGUGCAGCUUGGUUGACUCGAAGGAGGUUCGAGCUCUACUGAGGGAUUCUUUGGCUUCCGGUUGAAUCUGUCGAGGCAGAUUUUCUGAAACAUUUCUUCUCUCUGUGAAUCUGAACAGCAGCCUUUAGGCUCUUUUAGCCAAUAUCUGAGUCUUGAUCUCCCGUCUUAAGUUAUCCGGAUCAUUAUUUUUGUCCUUUCGGGCGAACACUGCCGAGACAUCGUAGACGUCCCAAUCCCUUCAAAACCUCACACCCGGCAGGUGAUGUUUGUGGAUCUGUGUCAGCGUGUACCUGCAGGGGUCAGAGCUGCCACUCUACACCUGUUGCCUGCUGUCACCUGGCUCCUCCGGGACCACACCCCCGCCCUCUCCGCCGGCUCCACCUGCCGGCCCCAGGAAAAGCCACUCGUCGGAUUUCCAAAUCCUCGCCAACGGGCUUGGAGAUCACCGACACGGAUACAUUCAGACCACCAGAGUCGCCGCUGCAGUCGCCUGGGAGCGCCCGAGUCAGAGGAACGGAAAACUCCAGCAUCUGGUUUAUCGGUUGUUUUGUUGCCUUUUGAAUUUAAAGUCCAAUUUCCCCUCGAAAACUCGACUACUUCGGAAACAAAACGUUGAUACAGUAAAAAGAUUAAAAUGGGCUGCUUCACAUUCGUCAAAUUGAUGAUGGUCUUGUUCAACUCGCUUAUCUUUCUCGGGGGCCUGACCCUGCUCGCCAUGGGCAUCUGGGUGAGCGUGGACGGUGGCUCCUUCCUGCACUUGCUGGGGCCCUUCUCCAGGCAAGGCGUGCAGUUCGUCAACGUGGGCUUUUUCUGCAUCGCCAUUGGGGCCGUGCUGGUACUGAUGGGGCUCCUGGGCUGCUGCGGGGCCCACAAGGAGAGCAAGUGUCUGCUGCUCGCGUUCUUCUCCGUCGUCCUCAUGAUCUUCAUCGCUGAAGUGGCAGCAGCAGUCGUGGCUCUGGCCUACUCUUCAUUUGCGGAGGGGAUCCUCCGAGCGUGGGCGACUCCUGCUUUGCGGAAAGAUUACGGCAGUGAGCCUGUGGUCACUAAGAUGUGGAACACCACCAUGACAGAGCUGAGUUGCUGUGGUUUCACCAACUACACAGACUUUGUGGGCUCCAAGUUCGAAAGGGAGAAUGGAGGCAGCCUACCGUCCAUCUGCUGCUGGACCAACAGCACCCCCUGCAGCCCCGACGAGGCACAGCGCAGCGGUGUGCAGGGCUGUUUUAUACACAUCCUGCAGACGCUCAAAGAGCACGCCAACAUCGUGGGAGGGAUCGCAGCAGGAAUUGGAGUCUUGGAGAUCGCUGCCAUGAUCGUGUCCAUGUACCUGUACUGUCACCUGGACAAAAGAAUCACAUGAGGCUCCUCCAGAGAAACACGAAAACACCGCAGACACGGCGAAGAUGAAUCGCACGUGGUGCAUCUACAUUAUUCAACAACGUCACUCCCGUUCUCUUUUCUUUCAGGGAAGCGCGUUUAAAAAAUUCUGUUUUUAAAUGUAACAAAAAGAGAAAAGAAGUUACUACUAUAUGAGCAGCUGCAACGUGUAAAUAUUUCACAGUUGUCAAUAAAAAAUUUCAAAUCACUUGAGCCGGUUUCCGUUCAGGGUCAUUUGAACUCUGCUGCCGUCGAGAG